GAAGAGUUGUUGCGUGCUCUUCCCUCGCAAGCGUGCGUGACUCCAGCUAUAUUGGGCACGUGCUGACCUUCAAUUACGUUGGUCAAGGAAGCGGCCGGACGGAUGGGUUGACUGGCUUUAUGCACAGAACUGUUGGCGCGUCUACAAAUUGCACAACAUUUGACACAUCGUAACGAUACGGUCAUGGUAACGUCGUGUUAGAUUACUUUUGUUUUCCAGUUGCUACUGGAGGCACAGACGUUUCAGGGUAAGCUUUGUGCGAACGUAACAUCGUCGCUAGUAACACGAUGGAUAUCAUGCCCACGAUACAGCUAAGUGGCGCAACCACCGUGUUUCCCUGGCACCAUGAGCGCACACGUUGGAAACAAGCACGCAAGUGGCGUGGUUUCCAGCCUUGACCGAGGCUGUACGCGGUACUGCACGGCUUCCUGUUUAAGCGUCCCGUUUCACACCCAAAGAAGGCCGCUAAGUGAGCCACACCUGUCGAUAUUACCAUGCUGUGUUGUGUGCGCAUGUUACCCGGAAUGGAGCAACCGCGAAGGAGGCAGGCGUUUGAGACAGAGAAUACCGAUGAAAACCGAUACAAGUAGCAACGAAGUGCAGCACGCUGUUGUGAGAACGCCGACGGGUGCGACCUACUUGAGAGUGUUCCUAGCCCGUGGCAGAAGCAGAGGGGCGGAGAAAUUAACGAAAGAAAGGAGGGCUAGAGAGCGAGUUGUGCGAGAACACCGAAGACUGCAAGAGGCGGUGAACCCUCCGAAAGCGAAAGGGAAGACACUGCAGAAAACCGGAUCCGGACGUUCUCUCCCACCGGCGCAGCCAUCUCUCCAAAGGAAAGACAUCGCCCUCUGCUGCUGCUGCGUCGUUUCUUAGACCGGACACGCGGCUAGCAGACGACACGCGAGCGACGUCGUCAACGGCUGCCCCGCUGUGGUUUUCCCGAACCCCGUCGGCCCAACCAGUCAACUCUGUGCACGCUUGCAUUCGUCUGUGUCAACGUCAGCGGAAGGGGCUGUUCUCAGCUGUCUCAUUCAAUCAUCACGUCUCGCAGGCUCUACAAGACCGCCACCGUAAAGACCCGCCGAGACACCGCGGAAAUUGCAUGAUGCAGAUCACACCCGCAAUGGUCUGCGGUACCUCAAUCGUCUGCUCGAUGAACGGUACUCCGUAACGGAAUUCGAUUGAACCUCAAUCUGCUUUGAAGAGGACAUUUGUUACAAUUCGGUGGCCUCGCGUGCGACGUGUCGCUGGUGACGUUCUGGCUGCGAACCUGGUCAAGCUGCCUCGUGGGGAACAUAGAAAGAUAAGAGGAAUCUGAAAGGCUGCCGAACGCGCGAGCAUCCCUGGCGUGAACGAAGCGGCGGCAUUGCGCGCACUCCGAUCAACCAUGGGCCCCGUGUUGGCGCGAAUGAACUCGCUCACCGAGGGCGGCUUCUGCAUCUCGGUGGUAACGGGCGACCGACGUGGGGCCGGCACCGAUGCCAACGUCUGGAUGCGGUUGCACGACGUCGACGGCCGGAAGUCUCCCGUGAUCACGCUCAACCACACCUUCAAGAACGACCACGAACGAGGCGAAACGUCGUCCUUCUCCAUCAAACCAAUCCACAAUUUCGGAGCGCUCGCCAAGGUGGAAGUAUGGCGCGACAGCUUCGGAUUCGGCCACGCAUGGUUCGUAGACCGCAUUGAGGUUCAGGACCAGUUGUCGGGUGAGCUGUACGUGUUCCCCUUCCACCGGUGGCUGCCAUCCGAGAUGCACUUUUUUCUCGCACUCUACGACUGUGUGCUGCCCCACGAUGACCCACACCAGGACCAGCGGAGACAGGAACUGCAGCGGAAACGCAAGCUGUACCGCUACAAGGCCUGGAUCCCGGAGGGACCCACACAGUCCUACCGCCUUCCCGAGGAUGAACAGUUUAGUCACGAAUACAAGUGGGACAUCGUGUCGAUGAAGGCAAGGAUGAUGGUCGAAACCAAACUUAUCAUGAUCAAGGUCACCCACUGGGAGUCCAUGGACGACCUGCGCCGGGUCUACAAGUACAGCCUUGGAGAGCCCAGAGUAAGUUCCUGAAGCAAAUCGCUUCUUGGCAAACGUUGAGCGGCAUCUUGUUUGCAGAGCCCACAACGCAGCUGCUAUGUCUCAGAAACUGAGACAGCAGUAU